CAGACAAAUUAGGUUAUGCUGUCUGCCAUGUGGAGAAAAACUUCACUUCCCGUGGGGUCUUUGGCCGCGCGUCAUUGUUACGAUACGCACUACGAAGCAGCGGUGAAGGAUACGCCAACAGGAGCAAGAAUGACUGAUUGGGUUGGAUAUGGGUAUGCAGCACUCAUUGCAUCCGGAGGAGUGAUGGGCUAUGUCAAAGCACGCAGUGUCCCCUCCUUGGCGGCAGGUCUUCUCUUCGGCAGCUUAGCUGGGGUUGGUGCCUACCAGAUAUCGCAAGAUCCUACAAAUAUUUGGGUGUCUCUAGUCACAUCAGGAGCCCUGGCAGGUGUGAUGGGAAAGAGAUUCUAUGGUUCCAGGAAGAUGAUGCCUGCUGGAAUGAUGGCAGCAGCAAGUCUACUUAUGGUGGGGAGGCUGGGUGUUGGAAUGCUGCUGCAGAAGCCCCAGGAGUCAUAAUGCACUGAAAUGAAGAAGACGUUCACAGACACUGAUGUCAAAAUCACUAUCCUCUCAUGCUUUUCUACGGUCUUCAAUCACCAAGAAUAUCAGUCAGAUAUGUGAAUGUUAUUUUGGAAAAAUGUAUAAUUGAACACUGAUUUAUGAAAUAACAAGGACUGUCAUGUGUUUUUGUUCAUAUUGUUACGCAGAUUUGUCAUUACGUUACAAGAGAUAAAUGAACCGUGAAGUUGCGUAUAACGUUUA